CAGCUCUGUAAUCGCAUGCACCAGAGCUUCAAGCUUCUGGUCAGCACCUGAGGCACGCCCCAUUCUAAGGGAUGUUAUCUCGGAGUCGUUCCAAUGAGCAAGAUGAAACAAAUGGGUCGGGUGAACUUCAGCAAAGAAUGUCUAAGAAAAAAGAACUUGGCAAAAAGAGGACCCAGAGUCCCAAGGUCAGUCAGAGUCUACGCAAGAAGAUCCAGAAGUUCCUCCAGGGAUCAGGGGAGUACACUGCCUAUGACUCCCAGCACUCUCCAGUGGAGAUAGAGGACGACAUGUUCAUCUGUGGCAUUAAGAGAGAUCCCUCUACUCAUGAGUGUAGUCUCUCAACCCAGCGUAGUUUUGAAAGUCAGACUAAAACCUCCAAGAGUGCCGUUAUUGGGCAGGGGAGGCGUAAUAGUGAUGGCAGUAUCACCAUUCCAUCCAUCAUGGGAAUGAAAGAAUUAGAGCCCAAAGACCAAGCAGAAGAGAGUGGAUGUGUAGAUGGAAGAGGUGCAAUGGAUAAACCAAGCCGAAGUAGGGACAAGGACAAGAAAAGAGAAGUAGGGUCAAGCACCAUAGUGGAACACAUUUUGAAGGAGCUACAGGGGAUUAAUAAAAUCCAAGAGGAGAUAUCAGAUUUGCGACAAUACCUGACGUCUGUAAGUGGCUCAGUAGAUGAGGUGUCUUGCUGUGUAGAUGCUGUACUGUUGGAAAUUGAGGAGAUGUAUUCAGUUGGUGCUGUAGGGAAUCCAUCACCUCGAAGAGUUGCGGCUCAUCAAAGAAGUCCAGAUAGGCAGAAUGCCGUUCCUCUCCCGCAAAGUAGAAAUAGAAGCCCAGUAGUAAAGCAUCGAAAAUUGGAGAAGAAUGAAGGCAGACCUCUGUCGGCUAGACCGAAUGAGUUAGGGUGUGAUGUGGAAACUGAUUACAGAGAUGUACCAAGAAGAACCAAAUUACACAAUCCCAAAGCUUCUGACAACUUAGAUGCACCCUGUUCCAGAUUUAAGAAGUCCAGCUACUGUCAUCUUUAUGGGCAAGAUUUUACAAGCACUAGUUCCUUAUCCUCAGGUCACAGUUCUAACAGUCGAGAUCAAGGAGGAAGUUAUUAUUCUAGGGAGACUGACCAAGAGAACAGUGGUUGGAGACGUUCGGAAAUGCAGUUGAGCGUUAGUGGAGAAGGAGGAUGGAGUGGAGACACUGGAUGGAGUGAGGAGGAUUACUGCUCCUGCCAGAACAGUGCAGACGAAUUGGAAACUGUUGGACGCCCAGAUACAUGGUACAGGUACAAUGGUGGCGAGACCAGUCAUUCAUCACGUAGCAGCUCUGAACACCUAUCCCUACUGUUUGGAAACCAUGAUUCCCCAUCCAGCUCAUCUAGUGUUGUAGAUUGGAGGCAUUCGAAGAAUCAAACUAUCAGUGACAUUUGCUGCGACUGCACGUCAAAUUGCAUGUACUCUCGCAGUUCUGGAUACCACACCAUGGAUGCAUAUGCUGAUGAAUCGUGUAGUGGGCCUUCCCGAAGUCUUAGUUGUUCAACCGUUGGAAUGACAGACUGUGAUGACGGUUGCCAAAAUCUACACUCCUCAUGUGAGCAUUGCCUCUGUGAUGUAGAUUUGGAGAAAGACUGGCCAGACGGUGCUUGCACAGAUGUGUAUGACCCAGAUUAUUCUGAAAAUACGGACACUGAAGAGUCACAGCCAUCUAAUCUAGGAUAUGAUGUUGUAAAGAUAAGUAAAGCCAUGCUAACCUUCCACUCCGCUCUAAGGGGAGCCUUGACAAAGCUUGACACACCUGAACCCCAGUGUCUAGAUGAGGACACCAAGUCUGUAGUCCCAAGUCCCUCCAUAUCCAAUGACCUUGAGGAGGAUAGCACCACAUUCAGUGACUCAAAUGUAGACACUGUUGAACCUUCUGAUGGUGCGACUUUAGAUCUCAAUGUUUCUCCUCAAAAAGGCAUCGAAGCUGCAUUCAAUGGGAAGGACUUGAGGGAAUUACUAAACCGGCAACGUAAUUCUCAAGCCUUUGAUCCUCUACUGUCAACUCCUAGCACAAUUUCCCCGUCACAUACUCCAACUGAAUACUAUGCAUUAGACCACUUAGAUACUGUAGAGGAACCUCUAACAGAUCAGAAUCAGCGGUGUAUUCCAGAGCUUAGCCCAAAACAUGUGGAUCUGAGUUCAGGCAUUGUUGAUUCUUGUGCUCAACAAAUGGCAUUUGGCUCAGGUAAUAUCAAAAUAAGUCCAGAGGGCACCAAUUCAGGAACACUGGAGGCAGAUGUUAAUGGAAAACAGGUGGAGCAUAGUCUUGACAAUGAACCUGCCCUUGAAGACCCUCACCACCAGAAGUGCCUUGCCAAUAUUCAACGUGUGCUCAAAGAGAAGAGACAUCGACAUAGAUUAUCCAGGAUUGCCAAUGCCUCAAAGAACACUUUCUCUGAGGAGGAAUUUAAACAAGGUACAAACAUUGCCUUUGUUUAUGGUUAG